AUGAUUCAAAUUUCGAUUGCCAGUUUAACUUCAACGAAGCUUUUAUCGAUAUGCUGCUGCGCACAUCUCUGAUAGCCUUAUCUUUAGUAUGACCUUUGCACAAACCAUCCGCACAUUUUUUCGGCUUAUUAUUCAAUAGACAAAUUAUAACUGAAAAUCAAAGAACUCGGCCCUACAAAUGAACAGCAUUGGCGAGGAUUGCAACGAGCUGAAGAAGCAGUACGAUGCCUGCUUCAACAGCUGGUUCACGGAGGGCUUCCUCAAGGGACAGACGGAUGACUCGGGCUGUGCGCCGAUUUUCAGGGUCUAUCAGGAGUGCGUCAAGCGCGCCAUGCGGGAGCAGAAGAUCGAGUUGCGGGAGGUGGGCACGGAGUACUCCACGGGUUCAGAGUACGACAAUGCCAGCAGUUCGGGCGCAAAGCCGCAGCCGAAGAGCAAAAGUUGACCCGUAACGCCACUCCAGCAUCCUGGCUACGGCCUCGAUUCCACAAUUGGCCAGGAACAGGCGCCCAGCUGUCGUCUCAUCGGUCAUCAGCGCCGCCACCAGAGAGGUGGCACAGCCUAGGAGUCUCCUGAGAUGACCACGUUCAAGGAGCAGCUUUGUUUCAGCCCUCGGCUCAACCUAAAUCUUAUAUAAAUUAUGUAGUGAAUGUCUUCUUACAACUAAGUUCAACUAGCCAGCUAAAAAGUGUUAUCUUCAGGUGGUCUCCGGUUUUGACUUCCUCAAAAGUAUUCUUAAAAGCGCAGGAAUACGUUAAAGCCGGAGUCCUCCUUACUGUGCAUAAAUGCAAUAAAGUGUUAUAUUAAUAUA